AACCCAACAUCAGUUCCACAAUUUCUCUGACACUAAAUUAGAAACCUUCACUCAGUUCAUGGCUUCCCUUUUCACCUUCGUUUUCUCUCUCUUGCUUGUGGCACAAUGCUGCUGGUGUCUAACAUUGCCCAAGAAGACAUACAUAGUUCACAUGAAACACCACAACAAGCCUUCAAUCUACCCCACUCACACCGACUGGUACACCGCAAAUCUUCAAUCUUUAACCACUGAUUCCGAUCCAUUGCUUUACUCCUACACUGAUGCCUACAACGGCUUUGCGGCGUCGCUGGCCGAGGACCAGGCGCAGCAGCUGCUCAGAUCCGAGGAUGUUCUUGGAGUGUACGAGGAGACUGUGUACCAACUGCACACCACGCGCACGCCGCAGUUUUUGGGGCUCGAGAGAGAGACGGGGCUGUGGGAGGGUCACACCGCGCAGGACCUCAACCAAGCCUCGCACGACGUUAUCGUGGGGGUGCUAGACACGGGAGUGUGGCCCGAAUCUCCAAGCUUUACUGACGCUGGUAUGCCUGCGAUUCCGGCGCGGUGGCGCGGGGAGUGCGAGACCGGGCCAGAUUUCUCGCCGAGUGUGUGUAACAGGAAACUCAUCGGCGCGAGAAGCUUCUCGCGAGGGUUCCACAUGGCCUCUGGGGUUGGGGCCCGGGAGAAGGAGCCGGCGUCGGCACGCGACAGGGACGGCCACGGCACCCACACCGCGAGCACAGCGGCUGGGUCGCACGUGGCCAACGCCAGCCUCCUCGGGUACGCGAGCGGAACCGCACGUGGGAUGGCGCCGACCGCGCGUGUUGCGGUUUACAAAGUCUGCUGGACCGACGGCUGCUUUGCGUCAGACAUUCUCGCCGGAAUGGACCGCGCCAUCCAGGAUGGCGUCGACGUGCUCUCGCUUUCCCUCGGCGGCGGUUCCGCGCCGUACUUUCGCGACACAAUUGCUGUCGGCGCGUUCGCAGCGGUGGCAAGGGGGAUCUUCGUCUCCUGCUCCGCUGGGAACAGCGGCCCCGAGAAGGCAUCCCUUGCAAAUGUAGCACCCUGGAUAAUGACUGUUGGUGCUGGGACGUUGGACCGUGAUUUCCCCGCCUUCGCCGUGCUCGGUGACAAAAAACGGUACUCCGGUGUUUCGCUUUACAGCGGAACCGGAAUGGGGACCGAACCGGUGGGGCUGGUUUAUAAUAAAGGGUUGAACCAGUCCGGAAGCGUGUGCAUGCCCGGUUCGCUCGACCCAGGUUUGGUUCGUGGGAAAGUGGUGGUUUGCGAUAGAGGGAUUAACGCGCGCGUGGAGAAGGGCAAGGUGGUGCGUGACGCAGGUGGGGUGGGGAUGAUUCUGGCGAACACGGAGGCGAGUGGGGAGGAGUUAGUAGCGGACAGCCACCUUCUACCGGCCGUGGCGGUGGGGAGAAUCGUGGGGGACCAGAUCAGGAAAUACGCUUCGUCAGAUCCUAAUCCAACGGCAGUUCUCGGUUUCCGUGGAACGGUUUUGAACGUUAGACCUUCACCAGUGGUGGCAGCGUUUAGUUCGAGAGGGCCCAACAUGGUGACCCGACAGAUUCUGAAACCGGAUGUUAUUGGGCCUGGGGUUAACAUCUUAGCCGGGUGGUCCGAUGCUAUUGGGCCCUCUGGGUUGACGGAUGACACGCGCAAGACGCAGUUCAACAUCAUGUCAGGUACGUCGAUGUCUUGUCCACACAUAAGUGGGUUGGCUGCGUUGCUGAAAGCGGCGCAUCCAGAAUGGAGUCCCAGCGCGAUAAAAUCUGCACUCAUGACCACAGCGUACGUUCACGACAACACUAAGUCCCCAAUUCGCGACGCCGCAGGUGGUGCCUUUUCCACGCCGUGGGCUCACGGUGCGGGCCACGUUAACCCACACCGUGCCCUUUCUCCCGGGCUUGUCUACGACGCCUCCACCAGUGACUACAUAAAGUUCCUCUGCUCCUUGGACUACACCCCCGACCACAUUCAACUCAUAGUUAAGCGCCACGCCGUUAAUUGCACCAGAAAAUUCUCUGACCCCGGCCAACUGAACUACCCCUCCUUCUCCAUCCUCUUCGGAGGCAAGAGGGUGGUGAGGUACACGCGCACCCUGACCAACGUGGGCGAGGCUGGCUCCAUUUACGAUGUGACCGUUGACGCCCCCUCGACGGUGGAGGUGAGGGUGAAGCCCGCAAGGCUUGUGUUUGGGAAGGUGGGGGAAAGACGGAGGUAUACGGUGACCUUUGUGUCGAAGAAGAGUGGCGGUGAUUCCGGCAAGUAUGGGUUCGGAAGCAUCAUGUGGAGCAACGCGCAGCACCAAGUGAGAAGCCCAGUUGCCUUUUCUUGGACUCUCUUGUGAGUCUCUUCUCGUCAGCACAACCAUUGUUUCAACCCCAACAAAAAUCAUAAAUGCUGCUGAGUAAGGCAUUCGUUGAUUUCAGCCAACACUGUAACAUUAUUUAGUUGGACAUUUCAGUUCAGUUAGAAGGUUGUGUAUUUUUUUCUCGUGAGACAAAAAACAGAGUUGAGAUGGUUUAGUUGUGUGUGUACCAAGUAAAACUGAUGUUAAGUUUGUGCGUUGGUGAUUCUGUAUAAAAAGUAAACACUGGCUACGCCAAUUAUCCUUAAGAAUCAGACUUCAGUUCACUCC